AUGGCCAUGGAGUUCCAUCACCUGGAGAAGGUACACACACACACACAAUAACACACACACACACACACACAGUAUUGUACAGCUAACCUUGUGGGGACACACAAUUCAGUCCUAUUCAAAAUCCUAUUUUCCCUAACCCUAAACCUAACCCUAGCUCUUAACCCUAACCCUAAACCUACCAACUAACCCUAACCUAACUACCCUACCCUAACCUACCCUAAACCUACCCUUGUCUCCUAACCUAACCCUAAACCUAACGUCCCCUAACUCUAACCCUAAACCCUAAAACCUAACCCUCACUCCUAACCCUAACACUAAACCUAACCCUAACCCUAAACCUAACCCUAGCUCUUAACCCUAACCCUAAAACUAACCCUAGCUCCUAACCCUAACCCUUAAUGUAAUCUAACCCUAACACUAAUUCUAACCUUAACCCUAAACUCCCUAGAAAUAGCAUUUGACCUCGUGGGACUAACAAAAAAUGUCUCCAGUUGGUCAAAUUUUUGUUCGUUUACUAUUCUUGUGGGGACCAGAAGAAUAGUAAACACGUCCAGACACACACACACACACACACACACACACACACACACACGGAAUUGCACCUACUUGGGAUAAGGUGGACAGAAUCCAUGGGAUUUGUACAUUAUACAGUGAAUUGCCUCUUAUUCUUUAUAAAGCUUUGACUCUCUUUGUGUGUGCAGGUGAUGGUAUCUCGUGUGGCGCGGGUGUGUAAGGGGGACCUGGGGGGCUCUCAGAGGGUGUUGGAGAAACAGUGGACAUCGUUCCUGAAGGCCAGACUGAACUGUUCUGUCCCAGGAGACUCCCACUUCUAUUUCAACCUACUCCACGCCACCAGCCCCAUACUCAACAUGAACGGCAGAGACGUCAUACUAGGACUGUUCUCUACACCGCCCAACAGGUACACACACACACGUGUACACACACACACAAUCAUGCAUGAAAUUGCAGCACCCCCCCCCCCCUCCCCCCCCCGCAGUUCUGACACAUUUAAUAAUCUUUCCUUCCCCAUCAUCUUUCCCCUUUAAAACAAAACCUGUCCUUCCUUUUCUCUCUCUCUCUCUCUCUCUCUCUCUCUCUCUCUCUCUCUAUCCCUCUCUCCAUCUAUCCCUCUCAGUAUCCCGGGGUCUGCAGUGUGUGUGUUUGACAUGCAGCAGUUGGCCAGGGUGUUUGAGGGAAGAUUCAAGGAGCAGAAAUCUCCAGAAUCCAUCUGGACGCCCGUGCCUGACGAACUUGUGCCCAAACCCAGGUAUGCAGUACAUUUGACUUGUACUGAUAUUGAUUGUAUAACCAAAAUUUUUCCCCCCAAAAUUUUUUUUUUUUUUUUUUUUCCCCCCCCCCCCCCCCCCCCCCCCCCCCCCCCCCCUUUUUUUUUUUUUUUUUAAAAAAAACCCCCUUUUGAAAAAAGGGGGAAAAUUUUUCCGGGGUUUUUUGGGAGGGGGGGUUUUUUUUUGGGGGGGGGGGGGGAAAAACCCCCCCCCGGGGGAGAAAAAAAAAACCCCCCAAAAGGGAAGGUUUUUGGGGGGGGGUUUUUAAAAAAAAAAAAAAAAAACCCCCCCCCCCCCCAAAAAAGGAAAUUUUUUCCCCAAAAAAAAAAAUUUUUAAAAAUUUUUUUAAAAAAAUGGGGGGUUUUUUUCCCCCCCCCCCCUUUUUUUUUUAAAAAAUUUAAAAAAAAAAAAAAUUUUUUCCUUUCCCCUUUUUAUUUUUAAAUUUCUCUUUCUCUUUCCCCUUUUCCCCCCCCCCCCCCCCCCCCCCCCCCCCCCCCCGGGGGGGCCCCCUUUUCCCCACCCCCUUCCCCCCCCCCCCCCCCCCCUCCCCCCCCCCCCUUUUUCCCCCCCCCCCCCCCGGGGCCCCUUUUUUUUUUUCCCCCCCCCCGGGGGCCCCCCCCCCUUUGGGGUUUAAACCGGCCCCCCCCCCGGGGCCCCCCCCCCCUUUUCCCCCCCCCCCCUUUCCCCCCCCCCCCCUUUUUUUUUUUCCCCCCCCCCCCCUUUUUUCCCCCCUUUUUUUUUUUUUCCCCCCUUUCCCCCCCCCUUUUUUUUCCCCCGGGGCCCCCCCCCCCAAAAUUUCCCGGGCCCUUUUUUUUCCCCCCUUUUUUUGGGGGCCCCCCUUUUUUUUUUUUCCCCCCCCUUUCCUUCCUUUGGGGGGCCUUGGGGCCCCCCCUUUUGGGGGCCCCCCCCGGGGGGUUUUUAAAAAAACCCCCAAAAAAAAAAGGGGGAAAACCCCCCCCUUUUUUUUUUUCCCCCUCCCCCCUUUAUUUUUUCCCCCCCCCCCCCGGGGGGGAAGCCCCCCCCCCCCCCCCCUUUUCCCCAAAAUUUUUUUUUCCCCCCCAAAUGGGGCCCCUUUUUUUUUUCCCCCCCCCCGGGGAAAGGGGGGGUUUUUUUCCCCCCCCCAAAAUUUUUGGGGGGGGUUUUUUGGGGUUUUUUCCCCGGAAAAAAAAAGGGGGGUUUCCCCCCCCUUUUUAACCCUUUUAAAGGCUUUUUAAAAAACCCCCCCCCCCUUUUUCCCCCCCCCCGGGGUUUUUUUCCCCUGUUCCCUUUUCCCCCGGGCCGUUUUUUUUUUUUUUUUGUUUCUUUUUUUUUCCCCCCCCCCCCCCCCCCCUUUUCUCAAGGGCCCCCAAAAAAGGGCCCCCCCCCCCCGGGGGGGGGGCAAAAUUUUUCCGGGAAAAAAAAAAAAAAAACCCCCCCAACGGGGGGGGCCCGGGGGGGGGGAAAAAAAAAAGGGGGGGGGGGGGGAAAAAAACCCCAAGGGGGGGGGGGGGCCCCCCCCAAAAAAAAAAAACCCCGGGGGGAAAAAAAAAGGGGGGGGGGGGAAAAAAAAGGGGGCCCUUUUUUUUCCCCCCCCGUUUUUUCCCCCCCCGGGGGCCCCCCCGGGGGAAAAAAAAGGGGGGGGCCCUUUUUGGGGGGCCCCCCCCCCAAAAAAAAAACCCCGGGGGGUUUUUUUUUUCCCCCCCCCCCUCCCCCCCCCUCCCCCCCCCCCCUUUCCCCCCCCCUUUUCCUCUCCCCCGGCCCCCCCCCCCUCCCCCCCUUUUCCCCCCCCCCUCCCCCCCCCCCUUUUUCCCCCCCCCCCCCCCCCCCCCCCCCCCCCCCCUUUUUCCCCCCCCCCUUCCCCCCCCUUCCCCCCCCCCCCCCUUUUUUUUUCCCCCCUAAAUUUUUUUUUUUUUCCCCCCCCCCUUUUUUUUUUUUUUUAAAAAAAUUUUUUUUCCCGGCCCCCCUUAAAAGGGGGCCCCCCCCCCCCCAAAAAAAACCCCCCCACCCCAACCCCGGCCCAAAGGGGAAAAAAAAAAACCCCCCCCCAAAACCCCCCCCGGGCCUGACCAAAAAUUUUUUUUGGGGGGCAAAUUUCCCCCCCCCAAAGGGGAAAAAUUUUUUUCCCCCGGUUAGCCCCCAAUUUUUUUUUUUUGGGUUUUUAAAAAAAAUUUUUAAUUUUUUUUUUUUUUUUAAAAAAAAUUUAAAAAUUUCCCCUUUUGGGGGGGGUUUUUUUCCCUUCAUUUUCCCCGGGAAAAUUUUUUUUUAAGGAAAAUUUUUGGGAAAAAAAUUUUUUUUCCCGGGUUUGGGGUUUUAAAAAAUUUUUAAAAUUUUUUUUUUUUAAAUUAAAAAAAAAGGGGGGUUUUUUCCCCCUUUUUUAUUUGGGGGGAAAAAAAGGUUUUAAAAAAACCAAAAAAAAAAAUUUUAAAAAAAAAUUUUUUUUUUUUAAAAAAAAAACACUUUUUUCCCCUUUUUUUUUUAAAAAAAAAAUUUUAAAGGGGGGGGUUUGGGGGGGUGGGAAAAAAUUGGGGGGGGGGGGAAAAAAAGGGGGGGGGGGGGGGAAAGGUUUGGGGGGGGGGGGGGGGGGGGUUUUGGGGGGGGGGGAAAGGGGGGGGGGGGGGGGGGGGGGGGGGGGUAAAAAUUUUUUGGGGGGGGGGGGGGAAAAAUUUUGGGGGGGGGGGGGAAAAAAGUUGGGGGGGGGGGGAAAAUAAAAAAGGGGGUUGGGGGGGGGGAAAAAAUUGGGGGGGGGGGAAAAAAAAAUUGGGGGGGUGCUGGAGAUUUUUUAAAGGGGGGGGGGGGGGAAUGAAAAAUUUGGGGGGGGGGGGGGGGAAAAAAAGGAGUAGACACCACAAAGACCAUCUCAACCAUCUCCAUCAGGCUGAUCAGAUCUCCAUGUGUGUGUAUAGGAGCUGUCUGACCUCCAGAGACCCCUACUGUGGCUGGACCAGAGGCAGCACCUGCUCCUUCCUCAGACCAGGCACACGGUGAGACAGCUCCCCAUAGCUUUAUCCAAUUGAUUGUGUGUUCAUCUGUAGAUGUCAGUCUGAUCAUCUGUUAUGUUUAUUAUAUUACAGGCUUCCUUUUCAACAAGACAAUGAGUAUGGCAACUUCUCCCAUCUUGGAGACUGUGAUGGUAGGUAUCUUGCCUUUACCAUGUAGCUCUGUGGUACAAUCUGUUCUUUCUUUCACUCAGUUCAUGUUCCACCUAGUGGCAUAAUCAUGCAUUACAAGAGUUUGCUACACAGAUGUUAAAGGGAAAUUUCAAAAUGUUUCAACUUCAUAUUCAUCAUCUCCAGCACCAUCCCAACAUCAACAUAUGUGAAAAUGGCUCGUUUCUAUGUUUUAUAGUAAAAAGAUAGAGGAAGAUAAGUGUUUCCAAUGACAUCAUCAACCAAUUAGUAGGUAAUGCCUACUCAUAAUUGGUUAAAAUGACACGAUGCACACCAAUGAUGUCAUUGGGAACACUUAUCUUCCUCUGUCUUUUUUACUACAAAACCUAGAAAUGCACAAUUUUCACAUAUGUUGAAGUUGGGGGGUGCUGGAGAUGAUGAAUAUGAAGUUAGGGGGGUGCUGGAGAUGAUGAAUAUGAAGUUGGGGGGGUGCUGGAGAUGAUGAAUAUGAAGAUGGGGGGGUGCUGGAGAUGAUGAAUAUGAAGUUAGGGGGGUGCUGGAGAUGAUGAAUAUGAAGUUGGGGGGGUGCUGGAGAUGAUGAAAAUGAAGUUGGGGGGGGUGCUGGAGAUGAUGAAUAUGAAGAUGGGGGGGUGCUGGAGAUGAUGAAUAUGAAGUUAGGGGGGUGCUGGAGAUGAUGAAUAUGAAGUUGGGGGGGUGCUGGAGAUGAUGAAAAUGAAGUUGGGGGGUGCUGGAGAUGAUGAAUAUGAAGAUGGGGGGGUGCUGGAGAUGAUGAAUAUGAAGUUGGGGGGGUGCUGGAGAUGAUGAAUAUGAAGAUGGGGGGGGUGCUGGAGAUGAUGAAUAUGAAGUUGGGGGGGUGCUGGAGAUGAUGAAUAUGAAGUUGGGGGGGUGCUGGAGAUGAUGAAUAUGAAGCUGAAAACAUUUGAAAUGUCCCUUUAAUGCACAUUGAACAAAUUCAAAUGCUGAGGUAAAGGAAUGUCUAUGGCAACAUAUGCAAUUCAAAUGUUUGUUUUUGCAAGGUACAUUUUUUCUUUGUCAUGGCAUCAAUUAAAAACCCAAUCACAUCCCUAAUGCACAUAACAUCACAAUAAUUCUACAUACCGUUCAUAUACAGUUGAAGUCGGAAGUUUACAUACACCUUAGCCAAAUAUAUUUAAACUCAGUUUUUCACAAUUCCUGACAUUUAAUCCUAGUAAAAAUUCCCUGUCUUAGGUCAGUUAGGAUCACCACUUUAUUUUAAGAAUGUGAAAUGUCAGUAUAAUAGUAGAGAGAACGAUUUAUUUCAGCUUUUAUUUCUUUCCUCACAUUCCCAGUGGGUCAGAAGUUUACGUACACUCAAUUAGUAUUUGGUAGCAUUGCCUUUAAAUUGUUUAACUUGGGUCAAACGUUUCGGGUAGCCUUCCACAAGCUUCCCAUAAUAAGUUGGGUGAAUUUUCUGAUAGAGCUGGUGUAACUGAGUCAGGUUUGUAGGCCUCCUUGCUCGCACACGCUUUUUCAGUUCUGCCCACUAAUUUUCUAUAGGAUUGAGGUCAGGGCUUUGUGAUGGCCACUCCAAUACCUUGACUUUGUUGUCCUUAAGCUAUUUUGCCACAACUUUGGAAGUAUGCUUGGGGUCAUUGUCCAUUUGGAAGACCCAUUUGCGACCAAGCUUUAACUUCCUGACUGAUGUCUUGAGAUGUUGCUUCAAUAUAUCCACAUAAUUUUCCUUCCUCAUGAUGCCAUCUAUUUUGUGAAGUGCACCAGUCCCUCCUGCAGCAAAGCAACCCCACAGCAUGAUGCUGCCACCCCCGUGCUUCACGGUUGGGAUGGUGUUCUUCGGCUUGCAAGCCUUCCCCUUUUUCCUCCAAACAUAACGAUGGUCAUUAUGGCCAAACAGUUCUAUUUUUGUUUAAUCAGACCAGAGGAUAUUUAUCCAAAAAGUACGAUAUUUGUCCCCAUGUGCAGUUGCAAACCGUAAUCUUGCUUUUUUAUGGCGGUUUUGGAGCAGUGGCUUCUUCCUUGCUGAGCAGCCUUUCAGGUUAUGUCGAUAUAGGACUCGUUUUACUGUGGAUAUAGAUACUUUUGUACCUGUUUCCUCCAGCAUCUUCACAAGGUCCUUUGCUGUUGUUCUGGGAUUGAUUUGCACUUGUCGCACCAAAGUACGUUCAUCUCUAGGAGACAGAACGCGUCUCCUUCCUGAGCGGUAUGACGGCUGUGUGGUCCCAUGGUAUUUAUACAUGCGUACUAUUGUUUGUACAGAUGAACUUUUGGAAAUUACUCCCAAGGAUGAACCAGACUUGUGGAGGUCUACCAUUUUCUUUUUGAGGUCUUAGCUGAUUUCUUUUGAUUUUCCCAUGAUGUCAAGCAAAGAGGCACUGAGUUUGAAGGUAGGCCUUUAAAUACAUCCACAGGUACACCUCCGAUUUACUCAAAUUAUGUGAAUUAGCCUAUCAGAAGCUUCUAAAGCCAUGACAUCAUUUUCUGGAAUUUUCCAAGCUGUUUAAAGGCACAGUCAACUUAGUGUAUGUAACCUUCUGACCCACUGGAAUUGUGAUACAGUGAAUUAUAAGUGAAAUAAUCUGUCUGUAAACAAUUGUUGGAAAAGUUAAUUGUGUCAUGCACAAAGUAGAUGUCCUAACCGACAUUCCAAAACUAUAGUUUGUUAACAAGAAAUUUGUGGAGUGGUUGAAAAACGAGUUUUAAUGACUCCAACCUAAGUGGAUGUACAUUUCCGACUUCAACUGUAUAUUGUAUGUUUGUGUUUAUGUGUGUAUUGUAUUUGCAUUUACAGUGGUGACAGAAAAUUGCCAUGUUUUUCUGUCCGUCAGUAAUGUGAUUAGCUAGUGUGAAAUGUCAGGGCUUUGAAUUCCCUCUCCUAAUAUUAGUGUCUGUCAGAAGCCUCCCAUUAUGACAGCUUUUAAUUGGCUGACUGCUUCAAUAAAUGCAUUUUGAUUGGUUGACAGAGGAGCGAAUGUCUUGAUCAUUGAAGUAAAGCCUACAGGACUGAGACUUAUUCUGAGACAGUGUUCUGCUGUCAACGACUGUCUGCCUCAGUUUGACAAGUACUUGCCAGAAAAUAUGUACAAAAGAAAAAUGAGGACAAGCAGUGCUCAAAGCUGAGAUUCUGAGAACGUCUUCAACUUUGAUACAUUUCUGGGCUCCUAACAAACACAUCUCAAAUCUGUCUCUGUGUCAAUUAGGAUGUCUCUGCUUUUCAUCAGCAAACUGUUCCAGGACCUGCAAUCUGUUCCAACUCCAAUUAUACACUGCAAUCUCAUCUGUUUUAUCGCAGAUCUAUAAUCUGGGGAGCGUUCUGAUUCCAUAACAUACAUUACAAUCUCAUCUAUUUUAUAGAACCUACAAUCUGUUCCAAACUCCAAAGUCCAUAAUAUCGCAAUCCCAUCUAUACUAUCUAUCAUAAAUCUAUAACCUAUAACCUGCAAUUAAUACAUUCCUUUGCCAGAACAUUGCAAUCUCAUUUGUUAUUUAUCACUCUCUAGAACCUGACCUGUUACAGUUCCAGAACUUUAGCUUUCUCACCCGGAUAUAGGCCAGUUUACUGCAGAGUCAGCCUGUUCCAUGGGGAGUGGUGAAAGCACGGAGCCAGAACCAGAACUAGGUCCAGGGCCUGGCAGACAUUUUCUGUGUCUGUGCAGAUGGGCGUGAUUAGAGCGGUGGAAAUAUUUACUGAAAUAAAUGACGUGUUUUAGGGAGAAACUCACUGGCCUGCCCAGAGCUCCUGAUUACAGAAUGGGAACUCUGAGAAGUUUAGUGUCUUCCCCUUUUUACUCAUGACAAGUGCAGCUUUCAGCCCAGUUGAGUGGGCUGUACUCCAGCCAGAACAGUACCCUAGCCAGCAGAACCCCAAGGCUGUGCUGGAGAAAACAGAAAAGGAGAUGCUUAUCUUCUGCCAUUAUAAAAUGUUAUGGUAGAUUACGGUAAUACAGAAUAAGAUUAUGCUCUUGGAUAAUACAAUAUAGGAAUAUAAUCUUUGAGAUCAGGCAAAUAAUGUUUAGUUACUUAAGGAUAAAACAUCUAAAAAAUUACAAUAACAAAAGUGGAGAGAUUUAUAAAGGAGAAUGAAUACACGGAGGUAGAGGAGAGUGAAGGAAUGAGAUAAUCGGUUUACGCUGUAAUGUUGAGCGUUUUUAUAUUCUCUCUUGCCAUUAGCCUUAUCUCUCGGGGAUAGAUGCACAUAACGGAAAUGGUAGUAGCAUCUGUCAUCAGACUGUGGGAUACAACGACUAACAAGGAAUUUUGUUCCGGUACGCUGAUUUUUCAUCACUGAUAAUUUGGACAAAUCACGAUUUCGCAGGUGCUCACAUCUUUGGAAUUUCCAAAGGGGAGGUGACAUUUGGCCCACAGCUUGGCCGAAACUGGCUGAGAGAUUUCAUUGAGAGGGGUGGAGACUUAUCUAUUCUCGUUAGAACAUUUUCUAACACAUCUCCCCCAAGAACUUAAUUGAGCAUCUGAUGCAAUUACACAAGAUUUUAGUUCUAAGUGUCCGGGAUGAACCUUAUGAUUCCUUUCUCUUGGCUCAUCUCUCUCCUCCAGGUGUCAUACAGCAGAGUCUGCUGAUCGAGCCGGAGAGCCUGGUCUCCAUCAACCUGCUGGUGGCGUCUGCAGUCUCAGCCUUCACCAUCGGUGCGGCGCUCUCGGGCCUGGCUGUCUGCUGGAUUAUGGCCCACAAGCCCGGAAACCGUCGCCAUGGCAACAACACCCCCCAGUCCACCAUCCAGCGCCAGGAGAGGGGGAUAUUGACAUCAGGAGGAGGGAUGGGGGGAUCGGUCCUCAGUGUGACCCGUCAGGGAGGAGGGGAUAGACCCUGCUCUCAGGGCGGCGAGACACUGUUUGUGAUGCCCAACGGCUGGGGGAAGUCAGGGGAGCUGGACCCAGGGUUCCUGCCUACUCCGGAGCACACGCCCCAGCAGAAAAGACGCGGGCUCAGGCUGUCUGAUUCUGGAUCAGGGGGGUGGGAUAACAGUCAGACCUACCUGGGAGGGAGUACCAUGGGGCUGGCGUCUCCCUGCCCUCUCCCUUGUCCCCCACACCCCUCCACCGCUGUCUACCUGACCACCAGACUAUUCCAGGGGGGAGGAGGAGGGAGGCACGGGGGUGAGGAGCGAGGAAGAGGAGGGGAGACGCCUCGCCAGCACUAUGUGUGCCUGAGCAAGCCCCGGGGGGAGAAGGGCAGGAGUGGGACACCAAAGUCGGCACUUCGUAAGUCGGCAGGGGAGUACGUGUACCCCAUGACCCCCCAGGACUCUCCGGAUAGGAGGAGGGUGGUGUCAGCCCCCAGCGCCCCUAUGGAGUUUGGGGAACCCCUGCCAAUCCGCUGGCCUCCCCAGGAAGGCUACAUCCUCAGCAGCCAGGGCAUGGUCCCUGUACCUCCAUCCUCUAUGCCCACCCCCAACGGCCAGCAGUACGUGGCCCAGCACCACACCCCUGGGCCGGGCAGGGCUCAGCUGAGAGGGGCCCUGGGGAGAGGAGAGCUGGGGGAGCUGGUGGAUCUCAGCCAGCUGCUGAGUAAGAAGAGUGCCAAUGAGAGGACUCACAACGGGCAGUGA